AUGUCGCGAGGCAGCACCACAAAGAUACAAACCCACUUACUCAGACUGCCGCAGACUCUCGCCGCGCUCCCUCUCGCCCUCGCAGACCCCACCGUAGACAUGGUGGAAGAAGCGACGCUGCCCGUUACCCCCGAAGCCGAACGCCCGGAUGCCUCGAUAGACGUUGCCCACUCGCUCGAAUACUGGAAUAACGUCUCGCCAGACGUCAAUGGCAUGCUGGGCGGGUUUCCCCAAACUUCGCGCAUCGAUUUGCAGGGUUCUUCAAAUUUCCUCACAAAAUUGCGCCGGGGCAAGGCGCAAGGUUCUAAGGAGCCGCUGCCACCUCUGGAGCGUGUGGCAGACUGUGGCGCGGGCAUCGGACGUAUAACGAAAGGCUUGCUGUUGGGCGUCAGUAAACAAGUGGAUAUAGUAGAGCCAGUGAAGAAGUUCACAGAUGAGCUGGUACAAAGCCUGGGGAACGGCGAGUACGCCGGAGACGGAGAUGCAAAGUCUGGCAAGGGCCAGGUAGGAGAAGUCAUAAACCUGGGGCUGCAGGACUGGAUACCGGAGCCUGGCGCAUACGAUGUGAUCUGGAACCAGUGGUGUGUCGGACACUUGACGGACGCCCAAUUCGUCGUCUACAUGCGGAGGUGUGGCGAAGGCUUAAAGAAGGCAGAGGGCGAUGCGACAAGCCGGAGCUGGAUUGUAGUCAAGGAGAACAUGUCUACGGAUAUCCACCACAAGGACAUCUACGACGAUGAAGACUCGAGCGUUACGCGGUCAGAUAAGACGUUCAGGGCUCUGUUCCAGGAAGCCGGACUGAAGAUUGUGGCGACGGAGCAACAAAGAGGGAUGCCGAGGGAGUUGUUCCCGGUCAGGAUGUAUGCGCUCAGACCUGAGUAG